AUGAUCAGAGGACUCGUUCUUACAGGACUCUUGCUCCUGCUCUGGCAGCAGAUGGAUGUACGAGGCCAUACGUUGAGCAGACACCCUUACACCAGCAACAUCGGCAAGCUGAAGAGUUUGUUACAGCAGUUGGAGGAGGUCUUGGCCACAGAAGAGGUUUCUGACAGAGCCACAGAUUAUGAAGAGAGCAACCCGGAGAUGGAGCAGAGCCCGGUGUUCAAGUCCUGGGACAGAGAAGAAGACGUCCCCGCCGCCGAGGACACAAACCCCGCUGACGGAUACGAGACACAGAAGAAACGUCUCAUGGAUCUACUCCUGUCAACCAGAAGUAAAAGUUUGUCUGGAUGCUUUGGAGGAAGACUGGAUCGCAUAGGGUCUACCAGCACCCUUGGGUGUAACCCAAAGAAAGGUUAGCUUGAGUGAAUACAGGGAUUUUACCUCCAUAAUGCACGAAAUAUUCAAUCACAAUGAACAAAUCUUAAUUUUUAUCUUAAUAUAGUCGUUCUCAAUCUUGAUGUAUUUUUGAGAGAGUUACAGAUCUGUUUGCUGCAGCUGAAUAUAUAAUGUGAGAUCUGUCAGAUGAAGCUGGUGCAUCAACUUUUAUCAGCUAUUAAUAAUGAAUUAGUAAAAAAAACGAUGACAUCUAAAAUUUGCUUUAUUCCUCAGAUUUUAUUUAGUUUGGUUUGUUGAUGUAUUUAUUAAGUAUUAAUAACCCGAGUGCAUGAAAAUAUUUGACAUAUAUGACAUGUUAUGUGUAUUAUUCAUUGUUUUGCAUUGACUAAUGAAUGUCUCACUUUACAUGAAUGUCUCAUUUAUUAACAUUAGGAAUUGCAUUAGCUAACAUAAACAAACAAUAAGACACAUAUUUUACAGCAUUUAUUUAUCUAUUUGAAAGUUUGUGGUAACAUUUUAUACAACAAUGGACAAUAUUUAUUUAUUUUUAUUUACUAAUAUUU